AAAAAAGUCAGGGCUGCAUCUGAUGUAGCUAUCCAAGGAAACAGAAAGAAUCUCCCUGUAGAAGGGUGACGGUGUGUCUCCCAGAGAAUGCGCCAUGUUCCUGCUCUGAGGGAUUCCUGGAGGGAAUAGGAUGUGCGCAUUAUAAGUGCUCUCCUUACUCCAGGGUGAGGGCAAGCCUGAGGGAAGUGGAGUUUUCUGGUCACCAGAGGAAUAAGGAAGGUGUUCCUGCUGCACAAGGCACCUCCAAAAAGGAUUAGAGCAUGAGACAGACCCACAAACGAGCUCCCCUCUCGAUGGGUUCUAAAGGUAGCGACGCUACUGGGACCUGUAGCAGGAGAAAGUUGGCUACCAAAACCCAAGUGGUUAGGUGCACCUGUAAGAGUCCUUGGAGGUCAGAAGACCCACCCCGAAUCUGGAUCUUUUGAGGUGGGAAGAUCCACCUUUAAUCUGGGUCACACCUUUCUGUUGGUAGCUGAUAUAAAAGUCAUGGAAGUAGGAAGACCUUGCCCCUGGCCUGCCUGCCCUCCCUCUGUCCCGCAGGUUAUCCGUUCACUGGCUACAGGGCCUCUGCCUUCAGGAUUCCGACAUAUGAUGAAGGCUGGUCAAGACAUCCAGCCUCAUGGACUGGACAACUACAGGAUUCUUGGACUUAGUGCUGGUAGACAGCCAGUGUUGGACCACACACACACACACAUACAUCUGUCAGUUCGUACGUACUGAGCUCUGAGAUGGUGAGACAAACACUUCCUAUAUGUUGGUGGCCAUAGCACCAAAGCAGAAAUGCAGUUAACAGAGGCUGGGGUGAUAAACUAGGGAACUAGUUGGCCUUCCAGUUGGAUCUUGAACCUCUCUCUAUGCUCUCCAUCCCUGGUUCUUGCCUGAAUUAAUACCAAAGUCGCCUCAUCUCACUCCUGCCUCAUUUUAGAGCUCAAUUUCAGUCACUCCUCCAGGGGCUUCUCCAGCCACAAAAUAAAACCUACACUCCUGAUGCCCCCUCCUCCCAUGGCCUGGUGUUCCUGGCCCAUUUCCCAUGCACUCAUGUUCUCUUUCCUGUACUCAGGUGUGCAGGAUAAUUUUUUUUGUCAACACGAGCUAGAGUCAUCUGAAAAGAGGAAAAAAUGCCCCCAUAAGAUUCAGCUGUAGGGCAUUUUGUAAAUUAGUGAUUGAUGGGGGAAGCCCAGUCAUUUGUGCAUGGUGUCAUCCCUGGGCUAGUGGUUUUGGGUUCUACGAGAAAGCAGGCUGGGCAAGCCAUAGGGAGCAAGCCAGUAAGCAGCAUCCCUUCCAUAGCCUCUGCCUUUGGGUUCCGGCCCUGCUUGAGUUCCUGUCCUGACUUCCUUGGAUGAUGAACAGUGCUAUGGAGAUGUAAACCAAAUAAACCCUUUCCUCCCCAACUCAGCGAUCAUGGUGUCUCAUCACAGCAGUAGAAACCGUAGCUAAAGGUAUCAAGUCUUUACGUGGGCCUCUCAAACAACCUGAAACCCCUCUGUCUGAUUCACAGUUAUUCAUCCUUAGGUCUCACCUCGGAUGGAAUUCUUUUCAGGCACGCUCCAGACGCACCAGGGCUGGGUGCCACCUGUGUGUACAACUCAGCCCUGCUAAUCAAGGCAUGACCUUGGCAGAGAGUGGUCCACACCAGAAAUCCCUGCAACCUCCAUUCAGCAGGCCCAGGCGAUUCCGAUGUUCAGAGCUUGCGAGAUUGGUGGGUGACCUCGGGGUCCAGGAGACAUGGACAAGAGUAGACACCAAAAUCUUAUAAUAAAAUAUACAGGAAAAAGUCCUGGAAAUGGCCCAAAGAUUUAUCAGGAGAUAUUUCAACAUUGUAACUAAUACUACACGCUACUUACAAUGUUACAGUUGUUAAAAUUAGAUGAAUCUGAAUAUAUAAGAUACUGUUUAGAAGCAGGCAUGAAACUCAAAUUACAUUGAAAAAGUCAAGUGGCAGAAGAUACACAGAGGGUCAUUGUUUUCCCUGUGAAAACAGGGAAAGCAGACUGGGGAGUAAAGGGCUAAUUCCAGCUUAUAGUUUAUAUAUAGUCCAGUUGCCUGGCAGUGGGUGAUGGCGAUGGCGCAGCCAGCAGUCGGAAGGCGGAGGCAGGCAAUGAGUUUGAGACCAGUCUGGUCUACAGAGUGAGUUCCAGGAUAGCCAGGGCUACACAGAGAAACCCUGUCUUUAAAAGCAAAACCAAACACAGCAACAACAACCCAGUUUCUAGUCCAGCGUGGAGGGAAGUCAGCAGGAGCUGAAACACACAUUGGAGCGAUGCCGAUUAUUGGCUUGCUUCUGUGGUUUGCUCAGAAUGCCUCCUUGUAGUCCUGAGGACCACCUGCUCAGUGGUGACGCCUGUCACAGUAACAUGAGCCCUCUCACCCAAGUCAUUAAUCAAAAACACCACACAGGUUUGUCUACAGACAAUCUGAUGGAGGCAUUCUCUUAGUUGAAUUUUGUAGUGACAAUUGUGGAAUUCCUGUUUCUUUUAAAAAUAAAGAAAUAUAAGAAUAUGUUUUUAUUUUAAUCCCAGGUGUGAGAUAUUCGGCUGCUUCGGACUGUCCACAGCAGCGUUGGUAAUCUAGCAGCGGAGUGAUUUCUGCCAGCUGCAGAUACUUUCCGUUGAGGUUUGAUCUGGAUGCUAAUUCUGUAGCAGAAGGUCUGGGCUGAUGAGUGUGUUUACGAGCUUUUGCGGUGCAAACUUGUUCUUUGGCUUAAAACUAUUGGUUAAAUAAAAUUGACUACAGCCAAUCACUGGAGGGAUUCGAGGUGGGUGGGUUUGGAGUGAGCUGUUUGGAGGAGGAGAGACCAGGGGAGAAGGAGGAAGGAGGAGGGGGAGAGAGGAGGCCUCCAUGAGAGGAGAUGGACCCUGAGCACAGGGCCAGGAGAAACAGCAAGUACCUGGGGAGGUAGCCAGGCCUGCAGUCAGAGGGGUAGAUUAGGGGCGACCCCAGUAAUUGUUAAAGCCAGGUAAAAUAACCAUAAUCUGAGCUUCAUUUAUUUGUAAGCUACUUGGGGAUAAGCUGAAAUUAGUUCUACUGUAGGAUGUUUGGAAUUCUGGGGACUUUUCAGAGGGUAGAUAAAUGCCCACGGGUUGUUGAAUCACCGUGUGCAAAGAAGAAAGGAGAAAUCAGAUAUCCUGACAGCAAAGAUCAAACUUACCCAAGAACUCGCCCUCAGUCAGCAGGAAGUAGUCUCCUUUCCUCCCCUUUCUUCUCUAGUGUUAGGGCGUUAAAAGGUGGGAACAUGGUGGAGAAGAGUGGAAGAAAAAAGACACACAAAGUAGCAAAUGACUAACUACAAAGUUCCUCUUCUCAGGUAAGUCAAGCUUGUGUCAAGUUGACAAAAGCAAAACCAACCAACCAGGACAAUCACACUCACAGAAUAUUUAUAAUCAUGAGUGGGGUGGUAGUGGCACAGGACUUUAAUCCUAGCACGCAGGAGGCAGAGGCAGGCAGGUACCUCUCUGUGAGUUCAAGACCAGCCAGGUCUACAAAACGAGUAGCUACACAGAGAAACCUUGUCUCAAAAAACAAAACAAAAAAAACCAUUAUAAUCCUGGGUAUUUUUGGAGGUGUGGAGCAGGUGGACACGUGGAUGGACCGCCAGCAGGGGUGUCAAUGAUGUGUAGAGAGGCAAGUGUCUGGGGUACAUCAGUAUGAACAGCAAUCGUGGUGGAUGCCUGUAAUCCAAGAGCUUGGGAGGAAGCAGGAAGACCAAUUCAAGGACAGGCAGGAGAGAAUAAUUUGGAAACAGCAUAGGGAAAAUAUCAUCAGGAUUAAUGCUAAGAAAGAUGCCUGCGCUGGCUGGAGAGAUGGCUCAGUGGGUAAAGAGCACUGGCUGCUCCACCAGAGGACCUGAGUUCAAAUUCCAGCAACCAUGUGGUGGCUCACAACCAUCUGUAAUGAGAUCCGAUGCCCUCUUCUGGUGUGGCUGAAGACAGCUACAGUGGACUUAUAUAUAAUAAAUAGAUCUUUAAAAAAAAAAGAAAAGAAAAAUGCCUGCAAAGACAGAAGCGUGGAAAAUAGUUGCCUCUUGAGAGCGAUAUGGAGGAAGGAAGAUGGAGGGCAGAGAGAGGGGUAUGGAGUGGGGGCUGGCUUUCUAAAUCGGGGGCUAUAAUGAGACAGUGUACAUUGAAGGACUCAAUUCCCGCUCCCCACAUACUCAAGGCAUGCUGGACAUCUGCAUAUAUGUUUGCCCAGCCUUACCUGUCUGAAAUGUCAAAAGGAGCUGACAUGAUUUUGUCCCAAGGUAGCAUUUUUAGAAUGGACCACCUUACUGAUUCUUCAUGUGGCCAGCAGAGGGCGUGGCGUGCCAGAGGAGCCAAGCUCCGCUCUGCGGCUGACCCUGUUCUGGCUUGGCCAGCUGUCAAUUCGGCUUGUAAAAGAGACUCACUCAGAAUGUGUGGAACUUCUACUUCUGAGAAAGAACCGGGCUGGGUCAGCAGGGGACCUGCUCUCUGGUGUGGAGGGGUUUAUCAGUCCUGUCAGUUUUAGGCCUUGGCCGUGCCCCACUGUGAACCCCAUCUACUUAAUUCAACAUCUCUCAGCUGGGCUGGAGAGAUGGCUCAAUGGUUAAGAGCACUGACUGCUCUUCCAGAGGUCCUGAGUUCAAUUCCCAGCAACCACGUGGUGGCUCACAACCAUCUGUAAUGGUAUCCGAUUCCCUCUUCUGGUGUGUCUGAAGACAGCUACAGUGUACUCACACACAUAAAAUAAAUAAAUAAAUCUCAGCCAAGAUUCUCACCUCAGGGAGGUUAGACAGAGGAUCCCAAGACCUCUGUUGGCUUUUUUUUUCUCUUGCUUCUGCAUUGCAGGGCCUCAGCUACUGGUUUGGGUGAGCCAAUGACUGCUGCAAAGGGCCCAUGUGGGGUCAGCUCCUACCUAUAUUCAGAAGUUUAUUUCUGCAGGGUUGCAGGUACAGGCUGGCCUUGAACUCGCCAUGUUGCCGAAGAUGGCCUUAAACUUCUGAUCUUCCUGCCUUCACCUUGCCAAGGGUCUGGGACUGCAGGUAUGCGCCGCCAUGCUUUGUGUAAGUGGUACACCCAAGUAUGUAACAGGCAGGCUCUCUGCAUUGCCACAGCUCCAAAUAACUUUGUAAAAAUAAGCUUGAGAUUAUCAGUAAACGCUUAUAUACCUAUUUUUUAUAUUGAAAAGCCCAGGUCAUGUAAAAUUUUCUUGGGCUUUCAAAGAGAUCAUUGAACGGAAAAUUUAGGAAGCCCCACACUCAACUUCCACGGGCUAGUGCUGUCCCCACAGCUAUGAGCAUUAUAGCUGGGCUGGCAAGUAUUGUCUGGCUGAGGACUAUGAAUGUCUUCCCAGGGCAUGUGGACGUAUGCUGUGUGCUGAACCCUCGUUGGAGGUGCGGUUGGCUCCAGGUCAGGUGCAGAAGGCGAGUUGUGAGGGUGAACUCACCAGUGGUGGCUACACAGAUGCACACGGGGAAAUAAAGUCAGCAUAAAGUUGCAAAGCGUACUGCACCUCCUGCACCGGCUUGCUUAGAAAUUUAUAUUUGGGUGUCGACCAUGUUAACAGAGGUUGGGGUGACUCGUGGGUGGAGAAUCUGUUCAAGGCACUGCAGUCCACUGUGGGGCUGGUUUUCUGCUCUGUGUAGCAAGGAUCCGCGGACCACAUCCCCAUGUCUCACUUUAUUGAAGGCUCAUGGACUCGUCAGGCAGCUCUCAUCUAUGUGAUAAGGCCAGGACUUGCGUGUGUGUGUGUGUGUGUGUGUGUGUGUGUGUGUGUGUGUGUGUGUUAGGGUUUUACUGCUGUGAACAGACACCGUGACAAGGCAAGUCUUAUAAAGGACAACAUUUAAUUGGGGCUGGCUUACAGGCCAGAGGUUCAGUCCCUUAUCAUCAAGGCAGGAACAAGGCAGCAUCCAGGCCAAGUGUGGUAAUGGUGCAGGAGGAUCUGAGAGUUCUACAUCUUCAUCUGACUUGCUUCCAGGCAGCUAGGCUGGGGGUCUUAAGCCUACGCCCAUAGUGACUCACCUACUCUAACAAGACCACACCUAGUAGGGCCACUCCCUGGGCCAAGCAUAUGCAAACCAUCACAUUCCACUCCCUGGCCCCCAAAGGCUUGGUCAAACAUUUGAAUCUAUGUGGGCUACACCUAAAGACAGCAUAAUGCUAACGGAGUAGAAGCAGCCCAGGAGAAAGAAGUUUGUUGCAGUCAAUUGAAAAAGGAGCUGGAGAUCUGAAGUCCGCUUUGACGUCAGACAUGGAGAUGCAGAGUUUGGGGUUUAUCCAACUGGUUUCCUGUCUUGUUUGGGGAUUACAGUAAAGUGACUGGAUGAAUCUCAGAAGAGACUUUGAACUUUUAACAUUGUUGAGAGUGCUACAGACUGACUAUGGGAACUUUUGAAGUUGGAUUAAAUGUAUUUUGCAUUAUUUUAUGUUUAGGUGUGGCCCCCAUAGACUCAUAGGUUUGAACAGACUUUGGGGGUGGGGAGUAGAAUGUGAUUGUAUGUGCUUGGCCCAGGGAGUGGCACUAUUUGAAGGCGUGGCCUUGUUGGGGUGGGUGUGGUCUUGCUGAAGGACUUGUGUCACUGAGGUUUGGGCUUUAAGACCCUUGUCCUAUCUGCCUACAAGCCAGUCUUCUGUCUGCCUUCAGAAAAAGAUGUAGAACUCUCAGCUCCUCCAGCGCCAUGCCUGCCUGCAUGCUGCCGUGCUCCUACCUUGAUAAUGGACUGAACCUCUGCACGCCCGUCAUGCAGGCAGACACGUUGCUGGAGAAGGAGCUGAGAGUUCUACAACUUGAUGCGUAAGCAGCAGGAGACUGUGAGCAGCCAGCCACACUAGAGGAUGCUUGAGCAACUCCCACAGUGGUGCACUUCCUCCAACAAGGCCACACCUACUCCAACAAGGCCACACCUACUCCAACAAGGCCACACCUACUCCAACAAGGCCACACCUACUCCAACAAGGCCACACCUACUCCUCCAAGGCCACACCCACUCCAACAAGGCCACACCUACUCCUCCAAGGCCACACCUUCUAACAGCCACCACUCUCCGCGGGCAUCGAAAUGCAUGAGUCUAUAGGGGUCAUACCUACUCAAACCACCACAGAGCCCCAAUGGAUGCCAUAAUGUACCAGGCUUCAUCAGGGUGAGCCAGUGUGUUCCUAGCUUGAUUUCUCCCUCUCCUGUGCUCACGGCUUGAGGUGUCUUCCUCAGUAGGAUUUUAUCACUAGGGGCAAUAGACUUUAUCAUUUUGGGGACCUCUGGUCUUGGGGAUCAGCAGCUGUAGAGGUACUAACACUAUACUGUCUAGGUCCACUGCUGGGGAGAGACCCCACUACCUGCACCAGCUGCUCGUUUUAGCAGAGCAAUGCCAGGUGCAGCCUCCUGCAUGGGAGGUACCACCUUAGUUGACCCUUGUCAUUCACUCUCGAGGAGCCUUAGCUUUCAUAUGGGUCAUACCAGCUGUUGAAAGGGCUCUAGGGGCUGGAGAGAUGGCUCAGUGGUUAAGAGCACUGACUGCUCUUCCAGAGGUCCUGAGUUCAAAUCCCAGCAACCACAUGGUGGCUCACAACCAUCUGUAAUAGGAUCCGAUGCCCUCUUCUGGUGUGUCUGAGGACAGCUACAGUGUACUUACAUAUAAUAAAUAAAUAAAUCUUUAAAAAAAGGGGGGGGGGCUCUGGUCAGGGUAGUUCACCUCUGCCCUUUCCAGGUCCCGGCUGGUUUCUGUAGUUCCAUCCUGACCCUUAGGAAGCCCCUACUGUUGAAUAGUCUUGCCACCAUUUGGGCAAUGGGUAACUUUACAGCUCCCACCUCCCCCUGCCCCAUGUUUACCAUUUCAGACAUCAGCCGGAACUCCAGGCAGCAGUCUGUAGGGUGUCCUAGUAAAGCAUCCACCCCAAGAAUGUGCCUUUGAAGGGGAGAGGUGACACAUUAUGUAUCCUUGAGGGGAGAUGAUUGCCCACCCUCAAAAGCGAGUUUAUACCCCUCCAUCUCUAUGGCUUUACCCUCCGUACCCAUCCCACCAUUCAACAACCUCGGUGCUUUGGGAAGUAACUGAAAUCACUCUGCGUCCUGCUCCGGUAUUCUGUGCAAUGGGACCCAUGUAAUCUGCAUAUUUAUUGACGAAUGAUCAAUAAGUCAUCAAUUCAACAUGGCACCUCCUGUCACCCUGUGUGGCCCUCAUGUGUGAGCUCAAUCUUGGCCAUCCCUACAGAGGAGUGACUGGGAAGACUCCCAUCCAAGGGACACUCUUUAUCAGUGUGGGGUACAGGCAGAUUGACUGCACCUCCUGGUCACUUUUUCCCUUGGCUUUCCACAUGUUAACCAGCCAACCCAGAGUUUGGUUGUCUGUGAAUUUUGUCCCUAGAGAUUCCUGUGUGGCACAAAUCCAGCUAUACCUGUGUUCAGGAGACACAGAAAGACCCUUCUGCCUGCCUCCCUCCUCUCUCACUUGUUCUACCUGCUUUAGCACCUUGAAGAACCAGGGUAUAUGCUGAGGUCCAAGUCGUUUAGGUAGGUCAAUGUCUCUCCUGGUUCAUAUAGGUCUGUGGUGGUUUGAAUAUGCAUGGCCCAGGGAGUGGUACUAUUUGGAGGUGUGGCCUUGUUGGAAUAGGUGUGGCCUUGUUGGAGUGGGUGUGUCACUAUGAGGGUGGGCUUUGAGAGCUUCCUCCUAGCUGCCUGAGGACACCAGUCUUCUCCUGUCUGCCUUCACAGUUCUUUUUUUUUUUUUUUUUUGGUUCUUUUUUCCGGAGCUGGGGACCGAACCCAGGGCCUUGCGCUUCCUAGGUAAGCGCUCUACCACUGAGCUAAAUCCCCAACCCCUCCUGUCUGCCUUCAAAACAAGAUGUAGAACUCUCAGCUCCUCCUGCACCAUGCCUGCCUGGAUGCUGCCAUGUUCCUGCCUUGAUGAUAAUGGACUGAACCUCUGAACCUGUAAGCCAGCCCCAAUGAAAUGUUGUCCUUAUAAGAGUUGUCUUGGGGCUGGAGAGAUGGCUCAGCGGUUAAGAGCGCCCGACUGCUCUUCCAGAGGUCAUGAGUUCAAUUCCCAGCAACCACAUGGUGGCUCACAACCAUCUGUAAAGAGAUCUGAUGCCCUCUUCUGGUGUAUCUGAAGACAGCUACAGUGUACUUAUAUAUAAUAAAUAAAUAAAUCUUUAAAAAAAAAAAAAAAAAAAAAAGAGUUGUCUUGGUCAUGGUGCCCAUUCACAGUGGUAAAACCCUAACUUAGACUAGGUUCCCACCUAUCAUGAGGCUCAGCCUUGCCGAAUCCUUCCCUUAGGUCUCCCAUAAAGUCUCAAUGGGCUUGUGAAUUGGGCAUCCAACACCACCUCCCACACGCCCGAUUAUCUUAUCUUCUGUUUUCUGGUCCCUGAUAUUCAGGGAGACCUUGGCUAUAGAUAGACAACCAGGUAUCCUCAGCCUCUCCUCAGCGCCAUGUCCCCAGGGACUGACCCCUCUCACUGCCGCACUGCUCUGGGCUGUGAUGCCUUUGUCUCAAGGAAGGAUGGGCCUUGCCCAGUUUCUUCUCUUCUGCAGCACUCAGGCCGAUGCUGUCUGAGCCCCGUGUCCUAAGCCUCACCAGUCAGGUGGCAGAGGAGCCCUGCGUUGUUGCUCAUUCUAAAUGUUCCCUAGUUCCACUAGUUCUGUUGUUCAGCAUUCCGAUUACAUAGUCUUCUACACUGACCGUUGUUAAGGCCUCUGUCUGCAAUCUGAGACAUCGGUUUUCCCUUUAUGUUACAGGCUGGACCCGAGGAGUGUCCUGUCACCUUUAGGUUCCUUCCCCAUAGGUUCUGUUUUCGGGGUCUCAGGAGGGGUUCUGUAUUACCAUCGAAUAGGGGCGCUCUUCCCUUCUGGCCCCCUAGCCAUAAAAAGCAACAGGCCAACAUCUCCAGUUAUUCUCUCUCAUCUGGUUCUCCUGCUAAGUCUCAGGCCAAUACAGAAGGCCAGCCUCAUCCCUGUCUCCCUUCCAGCUGCCUCUGCCUUUGUUUCUGAUAUCCCCAUCCUUGAUGCAUCCCCUCCAGGGCUUGUAACAUCCGUUCUCAGAGCAUCUCUACUCCCUAGGCAAAUCCCACCGUCAAGCAGGUCUGCUGCUCCUCCCACCCCGCAAGGCUGCCUGCCAUUCAGGGAUUUUCUCCACAGACAUGUCCAUCACUUACGGCUUCCCCUGAGUUUGGUAUCUCAUUACCUCCAUUCCUCUGUCGCUCUUCCACAAACGCUAUACAGAUAAACCAGUUCAAACCACCAGGCCAAAGCUUUCUGUGUAAACAACCUGUCCCCUCCCCAUGCAACCUUACUUUAUUAGUUUGUGUCCUGUCUCCGUAUCAUGGGUGACAUCAUCGCUCUUCCAAAGCUCCCACUUGUGCUGCUAAAAUUCCUUCCCGGGAGGAGAGGUAACAUCACCUCCGAGGGUCCCAAGGACAAACCCAGGCACAAUUCCACCAAAGUUCACUCCAGAGGGCCAGCGAGUUUGUUGGUCCUCUCUACAGAGCAGGGGUCAGGGAUCCGGGUUAUUUGCUGCAGCGUGGGUACCUGCUUCUCCACCCGCAAAAGGUGGAAUGCAAAGUCUUCCUGCAGUCAGGAGAGUGGCUUCCUCAGAGCCACUAGAUGGAGUCCGCCCUGCCCCUCCCCUCAGCCUAGCCCCUUCUCUCAGGGUCACUGGGGCUGGCUCAUCUGUGGGACUCAGCUUGGAGCUGCAGUCUAAUCUGGCCACUGGGGAUUUGACCCACUCUCCAGGUUCCUCUCUGGGCUCUUUGCCGUCCGUCCAUCUGUCUGUCUGUCUGUCUGUCAGGUAGAAAGUUGCUCUGCUCCCUAGCAGGAAACCCUGCCAGCCAGAUAAACAGAGCAUUCUUCCCACCUAAGCUGGAGAGGAGACAGGGAUCCCUGCUUCCUCCUCCGGGGGCCCCCUGCUGGAGAGGCCUAGGCUGCGGAUAUUGGAACAGGUUGACACUGAUAUCCCGGCUCUGCAGAGGAAUCGGAACUGAGGAGCUGGGGAGAAGUUGCUGGGGCUGCGUGUGUCUGUGUGAGGUGCACACGCGCAUAUGUGUGAUGCUGCAGUCGGUCGGCAGGACAUGAAGCCGUCUUCCUUCCACGGAAUGAUUGAGGCUUGGGAAUUCUCUCUCUCUCUCUCUCUCUCUCUCUCUCUCUCUCUCUCUCUCUCUCUCUGUCUCUCCCUCCCUCCCUCCCUCCUCCCCCCUCCCUCCUUAUAUCCCCCUCCUUCCACUCAUUCUCUGCUUCCCUCCUUUCCUUCUCCUUCCUUUCUCUUAUCCCCUGCCCCCAACCUGGCCGGACCUGGAAAGAGGAAACUCAUUGAGUCUUCACCAGGUUGGUGCCUGCUCUACCGGGAUCCCUAACAAAUCCUUUGUAGCCGUCCCCAGGAAGCUGCUACUCCGUGGUUCUCAGAACACACACCCGUCUCCUCCUUGUGAUUCAUCUGAGUCCCUGUGUCUUGAACCUCAGACCCUCGCAUUCCUGAGCAGGAGACCCAGAGUCCACAAGGCUCAGAGCCUGGUACUGCUGCUCCGGGCUUCAGGGGUGUCAGCUGAGUCCUCCCACCUUCAGCCGUGGACUGGGACCACAUUGUAGUAUCAUCGGACUGCUGCGGCAGCUGGUGUCCCGAGAACCAUCCAUCUUCCUGUGCUGACAGCUGCUGCAUUUCCUCCUCCAGCCCUGACUCUAUACAGCCCUCCUCAAUGCCUGCCAUUCUGCACCCCAAUGGAGGGUAAUCCGUGCUUUAAACCACAGCCUCUCAAAUACUCAUCCCUACACUGGCUCCUUUCUUGGUCUUCCUAUCUGAGCCCUGAUGGCUUCUCCAGCUGCUCUUCCAGAGACCUGGGUUCAAUUCCCAGCACCUAUAUGACAACUUACAGAUUGGUGGCUGUAACUCCAAUCCGGGGGAUGCAAUGCCAUCUUCUGGCCUCCAGAGGCACUACAUACACACAUGAUACACAGAAUAUACACACGUGUAUAUUUAGGUAAAGUGCCUGUGCACAUAAAAAAAAAUAAAAAGGAAAAAAAUUAAAUCAGAAGGAACAGGCACCGGUCACUUACCAAGGUCAAGGCCUACAGGGCACCACAGAAAACACCAGCAAGAUGGAUGGCCCCAGUAAUGUCUCGCUCAUUCACGGUGACACCACGCUGGGCCUGCCAGAGUACAAGGUGGUCUCAGUCUUCCUAGUGCUCCUGGUGUGCACCCUGGGCAUCGUGGGCAAUGCCAUGGUGAUUCUGGUGGUGCUGACCUCACGUGACAUGCACACACCCACCAACUGCUACCUGGUCAGCCUGGCCCUCGCUGACCUCCUCGUGCUGCUGGCUGCGGGUCUGCCCAAUGUCUCUGACAGCCUAGUGGGGCACUGGAUCUAUGGACGUGCUGGCUGCUUGGGCAUCACCUACUUCCAGUACCUGGGCAUCAAUGUCUCCUCCUUCUCCAUCCUGGCCUUCACUGUGGAGAGGUAUAUAGCCAUUUGCCACCCACUGAGAGCACAGACCGUGUGCACUGUGGCCCGGGCCAAACGGAUCAUCGCAGGCAUCUGGGGGGUCACGUCCCUCUAUUGCCUACUCUGGUUCUUCCUGGUGGAUCUCAAUGUCCGUGACAACCAGCGCCUUGAAUGUGGCUACAAAGUGCCCCGAGGACUCUACCUGCCCAUCUACCUGCUGGACUUCGCUGUCUUUUUCAUCGGACCCUUGCUGGUGACCCUCGUGCUCUAUGGGCUCAUCGGGAGGAUUUUAUUUCAGAGCCCGUUGUCCCAGGAAGCCUGGCAGAAGGAGAGGCAGCCCCAUGGGCAGAGCGAGGCUGCACCAGGCAACUGCUCCAGGGCCAAGAGCUCCAGGAAGCAGGCCACCAGGAUGCUGGCCGUGGUUGUGUUGCUUUUUGCCGUGCUGUGGACCCCUUACCGCACACUGGUACUGCUCAACUCCUUUGUGGCCCAGCCUUUCCUGGACCCCUGGGUCCUGCUGUUCUGCCGCACCUGUGUCUACACCAACAGCGCUGUCAACCCUGUCGUCUACAGCCUGAUGUCACAGAAGUUCCGGGCGGCCUUCCUGAAACUGUGCUGGUGCAGGGCAGCUGGGCCACAGCGGAGGGCAGCACGCGUCCUCACCAGUAACUACAGUGCCGCCCAGGAGACCUCAGAAGGAACUGAGAAGAUGUAGCUGGGCUCCAGUGAGGUCUCAGGUCCCACGGCAGCAGGUCCCCUGGGCUGUCAGCAUGAGCCCUACUUCAGUGUGCUCUGAGGACUCCCGCCUGGCCCCUGACCCCGCUUGAGGCUUGGUUGGCAUUUGGGAGGCAUCAGGAGAGGGGCAGGCAGCUCCUUGCUUAUGGGUUUCCAGAGGUUCCUUUACCAUGGAGGAAGGCGCUGGAAUGUUCUCAGCUGCACCCUGCGUGGGUAAUUCUCCUCUCUGCAGAGAGGAAGCUGGAGGCCCAGCCUUCAGCGCCUGUGGGAUCAAAUCCCCUCAUCCGUGUUCACUCAGUGCUUUAAGCACCUUUCACGGGUGUCACCUAAUGUCCUUCCAUGCUGCCAUCGCAUCUGUCCCUCGCUGAGUCCGUGCACACAGGGACCCUGGACCCUGGGGUUUACAUAGAACGGGUGUCCAGCCAGUCACGUCGCACUCUGGGCUGCUCCAUGAGGUUCAUCUCCAGCCUCAGCACCCCUUCCAGUCCUCCAUCACAGUGGGCAGCCCUGCAAGAGACUCUGCCAAGUGAGCUCAACCACUGUGCAUGUUCCUGAAGGAGAUCACUAUUUGUCUUUCCGAUGGCCAUCAGGCGGCCACCUCUACCUCCUCGACCCCAAAUGUGCAGGCCUGGCUCUCUGAACCCACUUUGCCAGCUGCUGCCCUGCAUACCACGUCUACUGGAGGCGCGCUGCGGACUCAGAGACGAGGCGGCAGGAAAAGCCUUUGCUGAGGGACAGCCCAGUCGCUGGCUGAGCCUGAGGACAGCAGGCCUCUGGGUCCCACCCUGCAAAUGUGGUCAGUGAUCCUAUCUCGGUCCUGAGACCUCAAGGUGGAGGGACUCAGUCGCGAGGAUGUUCCAACAAGCAGGGCUGUUUGCUCUGUGACGGGAGACCUCAGGAAGGCAGGAAUUGGGGGGAUGGAUGCUUUGGGGUGUGUGGUCGGCCUGGGUGACUCAGCCUACUCAAGCUGUUUCUGGCUUCCUGGCUGGAUGUGGUCCUAGUGACUCAUCCCUGCUCUGGGGAGCUCAGGUGCUCCAAAAUAGAUGUGGCUUUUUAGGGGCUCUGGUUACUGAGUCUUGGCUGGUGGGUAUUUCGAACUUUGGCAGGAAAGCUCACACAAAGGUGGGGGUGUGCCCAGGGCAGCUGAACUCUAUGUCUGGCCUCCCAUGUCAUUCCCUCCAGCCUGAGUGGCAUACACUCUAGAAGCUCACACACCAGGCUCGCUGAUGUAGCCAGACAGACAUGACCCUCAGAUCUGUCCUGUCUCCUGCACCAUUGUCUGGGAUCAGAGCUUAUGUCCACCGGGAAGUAGUGUUGGGGGAGCACAAAUGUGGGGGACAAACAUGGUAUGGCAGGAUAGGGACAGCCAUGGUCUCCCAUGCUGUCCCGCCUGCCUGUGUGAGCUGCUAUGGCUGUGGCCUGGACAAAUCCACCAUUCUUGUUCAUGGGUCUCCUGAUGUCAGACGUGCCAAAUGUUUUCCUGUCCUAUCUCGCUUUCCCUUGAAGCACAGCAUUGUCACCAACGCGGCUGUGUCACAUCUGUUGGAGGUCUAUAGCAGCUAUCACCUUGUGUCACUUAUGUGACAGGCUCACACUGGCCCGCGCUUUAGCUAAGCUAGUCCAUGAUGCUUACAGCCAAGGGAUGGAACCCACAGGUAUGGCCGAUGCCCGCUGACUCAGCUCUAUACGCAUCCCCCUGCGCCUCCCAGUGGCACUUGAUCCCUGCGUCUGGCCCUCCCUGAAUCCUCCUCUCUCUCCUAGUGUCACAGCGAGAGUUGGGUCCUCCGUUCUUCUACCGCCUCAGGAAAGAGUUCCAGCAGCCCAUGGACAGCAGCAAAAGCUAAACUGAGCUGGACCCCCAGGCCCAGAGAAUGUUCACUUAAAGAAUGGAGCUCUACCAGAACAGGGGUCACCGAGAGGUCACCCAGUGUAGAGCUGGAAGGUGGCUUUCACUGCCCCAAACUCUCCCCUCCUGACCCCAAGGUGGAUUUUGGAGUCUGAUGACUUCAAAAAUGUUAUAACUAGGGGCUGGGGAUUUAGCUCAGUGGUAGAGCGCUUACCUAGGAAGCGCAAGGCCCUGGGUUCGGUCCCCAGCUCCGAAAAAAAGAACCAAAAAAAAAAAAUGUUAUAACUUGCUGUGCAGUGCACAUGUCUCUGCCUAGAAGUUACCUGCGAAGUCCAUCAGGGUCAGAAUGGCAGCGCUAAUCUGCAUGGUUCAUUGAGCUUUCACUCACAGGAGCUGGGCUCUGGCUUGCUGGAUCUGGUUCUUGUUCCUUGUGUGCACCAGGGAGCAGCAUCCUAACCCAUGCUGCUGUAAGCACGAAAUGCUACAUCCCCUGCAUCCUGCAUUUUAACUCCUCCCUGUCCCACUCAUGUCUGACUAAGUGCAUAAUCAGUAAUGUCACUGUGCACGGGCAAGGGACAGAAUUCUGCUCGCCCCCAAGUAUGGGCAGAGACAUGGGCCAUCAGUCUGUAGAUGUCUGAAGAGGAGGAAGGAGGUGACUGCUCAACUGGUCAGCCCCAGAAAGCAGCUGUCUGCAGACCCUCAGCUCUGUGAGAGCUCCUCACAGUGCACAAGACAGCUCCUGGGACACUGGGACAGAAACCUUUGUCAAAUGUAGAACCUGAAACACCCCAUCAUGACACACAGACUCUCCGGUGAUUUUGCCCCUCGUUGCUACACGCCUGGUAGGCUCACUUUUCUUGGGUGACCUUGGGUCUUGUAGGGCCCAGUCAGGUUGUGGCUAGGUUGAGCUCUCGAGGUCAGAACUGCGCCAUCUUCUGAGACAACCUUAUUGGAAAGCUGUUGCCUGUCCUAGCUUCUCUUUUUAGACCAUGAGGUCAGCGGCCAAUCCCAAUCUUGGCUUGGAAUGCUCUGUUUGGUAAAGUUGCUGGUUGGUUGGCGAAUGCUCUCUAGGCAGAUGGCGUCCUAGUAUUGUGGAGUUUCUCCUCUGAGCAGUGGCCUUAGGAUCUGGUGUGGGAUGAGGCAGGCCAGUAGCCCCCACGGGGCAUGGGUCUGGUAAAGGUGACUGACAUUCAGCCACCUCUGGAUGCAUUCAUUCAUUCAUUAAUUCUUGUCAGUUGGAAAGGGGCAAGGACCUUCUGUUUUCUUACUGAUUUUAUUCUAGACAGCCUGGUAUAUUAUACUCUUCCUGUGCUGUCUUAAUUUCUUUCUUUUUUUAAAAAUUUAUUUAUUUAUUAUAUAUAAGUACACUGUAGCUGUCUUCAGACACACCAGAAGAGGGCAUCAGAUCUCUUUACAGAUGGUUGUGAGCCACCAUGUGGUUGUUGGGAAUUGAACUCAGGACCUCUGGAAGAGCAGUCAGUGCUCUUAACCACUGAGCCAUCUCUCCAGCCCCUCUUUCGUUUUUAAUAUGUUAUGUGUAUACGAGGUUAGGGUUGUGCUCAUGACUUCAGUGCCCUCAGAGACCAGAAUAGGGUGUCGGAUCACCUGGAGCUGAAGUUACAAGUGGUGGUGAGCCACCCAGUGUGGGGGCUGAGAACUGAACUCAGGUCCUCUGCAUAAGUAGCAGCAAGUGCUCUUUUUUUUUUUUUUUUUUUGGUUCUUUUUUUCGGAGCUGGGGACCGAACCCAGGGCCUUGCGCUUCCUAGGUAAGCGCUCUACCACUGAGCUAAAUCCCCAGCCCCGCAGCAAGUGCUCUUAAUGGCGGCCCAGCCACUUCUCCAGCCCUCUGUGCCUGCUUUGUGAAUCUUUCUUUCUUUCUUUCUUUCUUUCUUUCUUUCUUUCUUUCUUUCUUUCUUUCUUUUUUUAAAAGGCAGGGUCUUGCUAUUUUGACCAGGCUGACCUUGAACUCUAGAGUCUCCUGUUUACAGCUCCCGUGCUGAGAUUGUAGUCACGCAUGACUAUGCUGAGGGCAUUUCUCAAGGACUUAGGCGCUGCUCUUUGGAUGGGCGAUCGAAUGCUAGGGUUCUGUCUGUCUGUCUCACAGUGUCUGGCAGGGUGUGGGGAGGAGGGCUCAUGUCAAGGAACAGAGGCACAGGAAAUACGAAAGCUCAGAAUGACUGGCCAGGCGGCCAUCUCUGCUCCAGUUGGCUGCCUCUGGGGAUGGGGAUAGGAAGCAGGAAGCACUCAUAAAGCAUUGCUAGGCUACUUUGGGGAAGGUGGUAGAUAAAGGGGACCAAGGAAGGGUGGCCCAGGAGGAAGCACAGGGCAGAUGCCUCACAGAGGACACUCCGCUGCCCCGCCCCAGGCAGUGCUGUCUGGUUUGACUGAGACCAACUGGAGCAGAAGACAAAGCAGCUGCUGCACUGGGGGAGGGGGUGAUUUGAUUUGGGGGAGGCACGGAAGGACCAGAAGUGAGCAUAAGGUACAACAUUAUGGGGACUGUGGCACCCGACUUGGUCCAGCUGUGACGUUUGUCCUCCACAUCCUGCACGGCCUUUGCCGUGAGCUCCAUCCUGUGGCAGAGAAGAGCCGAAUGACUUAAGUGGUGGGGACCCUCACGUGGCAAGGGGUCGAGUGGGACCCAGGUAGGUGGUGGGGGCACACGGAGAAUCCACAGUAGACACCGCAGGACUGAGGUCCUCGAAGCACACCGAGUGCUAAGAAGGGACAGAGUGUGCAGAUGUGAUAAGCUCGGAUCAGAGGCUGUGCUGGAUGCCACUGGGAUGGUGGCUGCUUAGGAAGCGAGAGACACUUGAUGUAUGUCCCCUAAGAGGCUUGUGAGUGGCACGGACGCAUGAGGAAUUGAGGCUCAGCUCCCCCUCAAAGACUAUAGAAAGCUGGGCUCACAUAGGUCAUGCCCACCGAGGACACCGGCUGCAUCAAAUGUUGGCAGAUCAAAACUCUUAUUUUUUUUUCUUCUUCUUUUUUUUCGGAGCUGGGGACCGAACCCAGGGCCUUGCGUUUACUAGGCAAGUGCUCUACCGCUGAGCUAAAUCUCCAACCCCAUUUUUUUUUUUUCUGCUGGGAAACGCAGGUCCCAGGAGGAGAGAUUUGCUUGACAUGCUUAGUAAUGCUGUCCUGGCUCCCGUGGCCUGAUGCUUGCAAGAGUGAUGGUCCAUCGUGCUCCAUCAUGACCAGAUCCCGGGAACCUUGGGGCACAGAGAGUCAUCUGCUAGUCAAGUUGGAACUGCGUCUGCACAGUACCAAUACGUCUCAUAGUUUCUGUAAGUCAUCAGGGUUCUUGGUCUCUCUAGAUGGUUACAGGAAAGAUUGCAAAUCCUGGGUUGGCCCCAGAGGGAUGCAGAGGGCAAGGUGGGAGGAGCCCAGGGGUCCAGCCACAGGACUCACUGUGUGGUGAAUUUCUAGGUUAAGUGAAGAAGAACCAGAAUCCAGACUGAGUCCGAGUUGUGAGUCCUGCUGUCUAGAUUCAGCACUGAAAAAGCCGCUUUGGGAGUGAGGCAGUGACCAGGGGACCCACUUUAAAAUAAUGAGGGGAUGAGAGGAGUUGGUAGGCGGGAUCCCCUACGUGGGGAGGGAGAACCAGGAGUGUGGAGGAAGACAGGAGUGCUCUCUCUCAAAGCCACCAGGGCUUCAGUGCCACAAAAGGGACAGGGUUGGCACGCAAGGGCCCUCGGUCCUCACCUGUGCUCACACCAGCCGCUCCAGGCUCCAGCUGGCUGACACAUUGCUUUCUGUCUCUCUCAAGGCCUCCCUAAACAUCUCCCGCAGCCCAGAUAAAGAACAAAAGAGAGCACUUCUCAUGGGGUCCCGCAGGUCCCCAUCUGCAUCCACCCCAGGCUCCAGCCUGCAGUCUCCACCCUGCAGGGCUGCACUGGCUCUGCUGGCCCACCCUCCCCCUAAGCUAAGCUUCUGGGCUCCUCACAGCCAUCCAUUCCGCAUGCACAUAAAUUAUCUUUUAAUUGAAAGGUUAUAAGCGCUUUCAUCUUGCUUAUUGUAGCUGGGGUGAUGUAUAUUUGCACAGCUUUAUUGAAUAAAUGAAUGUCCUUGCCUCCCAAA